UCCCCCGUUGAUCUAUCCGUUAACCCUAACUUCAACGGAAAUCCCCUCUCUCUCUCUCUCUCUCUCUCGUUUCUCUGAGACUCUCUCUGUUUCUCUCUCUUCCCCUGCAAGUCUGCGAGUCCAAUCCAUCGAAGAGGAAGGGAUCGGAAAAUAUAAAAGAGAGUAAAAUGGGGAAGCUACUCUGCGAUACGACGGCGAUUGCCGAGACUUUCCAACCUUCACCACCGCUCCUACCUUGGAAAGAUCCGACUUCAACAGCAUCUUUUGACAGCUCCAAAGAUUCCGAUCUCUCGGAGACAAACACUUGGGACACCGUCAGCGGUUUAGAAGAUCAGCAAAAGCGCUACUUGCAAAGGCUUCAUGCCAAGGGAGUUCUUUGGAAACAACCAGAGACAGAUUCUUCCCCUGAAAGAUCAAUCAUUUUCCGCCUAUCGCAUGGAGGAGACGUUGAAGCCGACGGAAACUGCCUUUUUACGGCGUCCCAGAAGGCUAUGGGAUCCGCCGUCGAUGCUAGAGAUCUCAGGCGUCGGACUGUCUCGAGGUUUCUUCAAGAUCUCGGAUCUGACGGCGGUUUGGAAAGAGAUUCCAUCGAUGCCGCCAUUAAGCAUCUUUAUUCUCCCGAUUUGAAAGCUGGUUGGGGGAUACAUGUUGUUCAGGAGGUCAAAUUGUUGGCCAAGAAGGAAGAUCGUGUGGGUCUCGACGUAGCGAUCAACGAGCUGGUCGAUCUUGGGAUGCAGAGGGAAGUGGCUGCGGAGUCCAUAUAUAAAGAGAGAUGCAUUGCAGUGGAUGAUGCCCUGAGUUGGGCCAAAUACAUGUCCAUCUCUGGUAGUCCUCAUGAUGAAUUUGAUAUCGUCACUUUGCAAUAUACUGAGGAGGGGUUGUUAACUGUAGAUGAGAAUAGAGAAGGACGUGCAGCUGCUUUUGGAGAUGACAUUGCGAUAGAGAGUUUGGCAACUGAAUUCAAGAGGGAGGUUUAUGUGGUUCAAGCUCAUGGAUCAGAUGGAAUGGUUGAUGGAGAAAAUUGUGUUUUCUUUCUUCCACAUUGUCCGAGGGGUCAAAUCUGUGAACCUCCAUUUUUUCUUUUCAUGAAGGGGACAGGUUGGUGUGGCGCCGGAGCUGAUCACUAUGAGCCCUUGAUAGCCCAUCCAGCACUAUGUGUUUCACAGGAGAAGGCUGCUGUUGUACUUUGAGGAGCAUGCCAUCUUCAAGUUUUGUUGAUUAGGUUAUAUAGAACUAGGAUUUUCUUCUCCUUUUUGUUUCUAAUGCUCUAUCUUCACCUUUCCCCCAAACCCAGUGGGAAUAUUUUGCCUGCAAAUGAGUCUUCAUCUGUUCAUCAUUCUUUCCUCAGAUGCAAGGGAGUUUCCACUGCACUCCUUUCCAUUCUGAACUAUAUUUAGUUUUGUGCAUCAUUGACUGUAACUGCAGGUCUAUUUGCCUGCGCUUGAGACCCCAUGUGUUAGUACAUUUGUAGUAGUUUUUCCGGCCUUAUGUUGUUGUCGACUUUCUUGAAGGUUUUAGAGCAUUCUGGAUUGGCCCUGUUGUUGUUGUCUGGGAAUGUAUUUCACUUGAUUUUAAUUCUGUUGAAUGAGAAGUGUAUUUUUCUAUAUGCUAAUUAUAACUUGGCUUUAUCCCCCACCCUGUUGUUGUUGUCAGGGAAUGUAUUUCACUUGAUUUUAAUUCUAUUGAAUGAGAAGUGUAUUUUUCUAUAUG